UUACAUAGUCUGCAAAUUCAGAACCAAAAAAACCUGAGGAUUGAGAUUCCAUCAUGACACCUUAAAAAAAUAAAGAUAUAAAUUAUAAUUAUAAUCGGCUUAAAAAUUUAAACCAAAGUAAAACUCCUUCAUACUAGUCCCCCUAAUAACCCGUGAGGAGUACAUAUUAUGAUCUCCCCCUAAUAAUUCAAAUUUCUCUAUCUUUCUAUCUCGGCGACGUGGGAACUACCCAUUGGCAUUGGUAGGACCUUUUUUUUCUCUCUCUCUGUCUGUCUUCCAGAAUCAUCAUCUUCUUCUACUCUUUCUUGGUGUUGUUUGCUGUUUGUUGGUGUAAAAAUGGCGACUUUGGCGCUGAACUUAUUAGCGUCAGCUGGAUUAACACGCCCCGUGUUCGUUUCGAGUUGGUGGGACGAGAUCAACGAGUCAACUCAGUGGCAAGAUGGCAUCUUUUUCACCCUUUGUGCUAUCUAUGCCAUCGUUUCAGCUGUUGCUCUUAUUCAACUUAUAAGGAUUGAAAUGAGAGUGCCUGAAUAUGGUUGGACAACGCAGAAGGUUUUCCAUUUGAUGAAUUUUAUUGUCAAUGGAGUUCGUGCUGUGAUUUUCGGGUCUCACAUGUUUGUAUUUGCUUUGAAGCCCAAGGUCUUAACAUCAGUGUUAUUGGACUUCCCCGGGCUGUUAUUCUUUACGACAUACACACUGUUGGUUCUUUUCUGGGCUGAGAUAUAUUAUCAGGCUAAAAGUCUUUCAACAAAUAAGCUCAGGGCCUGGUAUAUUGCAGUUAAUUGUAUAGUCUAUGUUACACAGGCUUUAAUCUGGAUAUACAUAUGGAUACAUGAUAGCAGUUUUUCUGAAACCAUUGGACAAAUAUUUAUCGCAGUGGUGUCCUUUAUUGCAGCACUUGGUUUCGUGCUGUACGGGGGAAGGUUAUUUAAUAUGUUGCGGCGCUUCCCAAUUGAAUCAAAGGGGCGAAGAAAGAAGCUUCAUGAGGUUGGAUCAGUUACAGCAAUAUGUUUCACCUGCUUUCUCAUUCGCUGUGUUAUGGUUGUAAUAUCUGCCUUUGAUUCUGAUGCAUCUCUUGAAGUCUUGGAUCAUCCAGUUUUGGAUCUCAUAUACUACAUGGUUGUUGAGAUACUACCUUCCGCACUUGUCCUCUAUAUUCUGCGAAAGCUUCCUCAAACAAGAGCAUCUGGUCAGUACCACCAAAUCCAGUGAGCUUAAAUUAUUGCCAUCUUCUGCAAUUCAUUGGCCUAGGAUUGAGCUGAAUUUUGGAUCAGAGAUAUCAUCCGAAUGCCCAAUGUACUGUCUGUGCUGCCUGACAAGGAGUAUCUCCUCUUACUCGCCCCUUCUGUGUGCAUGCAUCUAGUUUGCAGUUUUUUGUGCCAUAUUGGUUAGAACUAGUUCAGGUUUCUCUACCUGGGGCAUGGUGUUACUUCAUUUAUUUGUACUAAAUUACUAAUAGAUCUUAAAAAGGUCCCAAAUUGUAUAAAGUUCCAUUCAAUUUUGAUACAGUAAUUCAAGUCUUGUACUGUGUGUUUCUCCGGCGAAAUCAUCACCUUAUAUUUCAGCAA